AUGCACGCCGAUGACGCCAAAAGCCUAAGGGAACAACUCGCCCUUGACCUCUAUCCACUUCCAGACAACACUACACCUGAACAGGUCUAUGAUUGCCGAAUCUGCCACGAAGAAUUCACAAGACUCUACUCAUUACUGCGUCAUCAAAGAUCGGAUCACGCUGCACUCGCCGCAGGGCUCGAGUUAGAAUUGAGCGAAGGUCUCUUCGACUCCCAAUUUCCCCGCCAGCCAAUUUCUCAACAGGCUAUCCCCCAAUUCGUCCAACCACAAUACAUUCCCAGAUUCUCUCAACCUCCCUACGGUCGUGCAGCUAGAUCAGUGGAUGUCGCCGAGGAUGUCGCCAUGACUCCUACUGUUGAUGUCAGCUUCGCCGAGCUACAACUUGUCACGCCUCAGCCCUCUCGUGUGUCGAAUCGCGAGCUUGCUAAUUCUCAUUUGAGAGACGAGGAUGCUGAUCGUCUGUUCCUCGACUCCAGGUAUGUUGCCCCACAAGCCCAUGCUAAGCUGACUGUUCCUUCGUCCGUUGCUCUUCCCAUUGCGAUUAAUAAUGAUGAUGCCGAGGAUCUCGCCCUGACUCCCGACAUGGACGUUAGCUUCGAGGACCUGCGAGCUGUCACACCUCAGCGCACCGGUCCCUCCACGAACAAGCCUGCUCCAUUGAAGCUUGUCACCAAAUCCAUCGAGGUCGCGGAAAGCCCUGAUAUGAACAUGACAAGUAGAUUACCUCGCGUUAUCGUUCGCUUCUCAGCCCCUUCGCCUGUUGAUCAUCGUGCGACACCUAUUCGCAAGAAUGGCAAAGCUCCUGCUGCCAAGAGCACCCCUUCAAAUCGACAAGCUCCCUACCAGUCAUACUCGGACAAGUGUGCUUCCAACAUUGCCGACGCUAACAAGCAAACAGCCGCUGAGAAAGAACAGCGAUCCCUAAGAGAUGUCACAAGUGCAGCAACAUCUUCUCCCCAACCCCCUACCACCUCCACCACCUCCACCACCUCCACCACAAAGACCCAAAAACCCACACCCACCUCAUCAACAAAGCCCAAACUCUUCAAAUGCGACGCCCUCCACUGCGACCGCGCAUUCGUCAACAUCAACCAACUCUGCAACCACAUUCAACGUUUACACCCCCAGGAUAGUGAUGAACUCGUCCUUCUGGCACCAACCUCGAGAGAACUUUCUAGUCUCCAUCCACAACACCACAACCAACAACAAGCCAAACGCACAAUCAACACAGCCAAGAAAAUGUCUUCUACUCGUCAACAAAGGCAAAGAUCCGCUAGUCCUGCCCCUCCUGGUGAGUCGGACAGUAAUAUCAAUGUCACGCAGCGUGGUGAAUUCACCUACCUCGAGAUCAAGAAGAUGUAUUCAUGCCCUGCAAAGUGUGGUACAGAAUCAAACGACAAGAGUCACAUGCUCAGACACAUCUGGGUAGAUCAUCGCGAAGAAGAUGGUCUAAACUUGAUGAAACAGUUCCAAAUCGACUCCGGUGGUAAGUCCGUCAUCCCUUACAAGUGCUACGGUUGCGACAAGCAGCCAGUCUUUCGCCCUUCCGCGCUUUUCUCCCACUUCCUCGAACACAUCAAUGAAGCAGAAGAAUAUACCGAAAGGCUUGCAAAUGAGGUUCUCGAAGAGAUCAACGCUAAAGAUUUGACCCAGAAGCAAAAGACUACUCAAUCCAACCUUCUGCGUAAGCAGAGACUUGACUUCGCCGGACCCGAGAAAAUUGCUCAAGCAAAAUUGAAGCACGAGCAAGCCGCUCAGCACGAACAGUACAGGUUGGAGCAAUAUCAAGCUCUUUUUCCUGGCUCCACUGCUGGCUCAUCUACUGCACCUCCUACGGCAUCCGCACCCUCGUCCCCAUCCGCUCCAUCCACCCCCCUCGUCCCAGCUCAGCCACACCGCUCGCCAAGAACUACACGUUGUCGCGUUGCUGGGUGCAAAGAGUCUUUUCAAACUCACGAAGACCUCGAGGCCCACCUCAGUACUCAUCAUCACCCCGCUCCACCAUCUUCGCCAAAAUAG